UAGUACAAGCAAUUCCCAACCAUAUCAUCACCAAUCUAGAGUCUCCAAAAAAAUUGGUUUUGAACCACACAUACUCUUCUCUUUGAACAAAACAAAACUUGCUUCUUGCAGAGAAAUUUGUAUAUACCAGUGCAGAGACUAAAACAUGGGAGAAGAAGUUUUACAGAGGAAGUUGGAGACAACUCCUACAUGGGCUGUUGCAAUUGUGUGCUUUGUCAUGCUCGCUAUUUCAAUCCUCAUUGAACAUAUUAUUGAAGAACUUGGAAAGUGGUUGAAAAAGAAACACAAAAAGGCUCUUCAUGAAGCGCUGGAAAAGGUUAAAGGAGAGCUUAUGCUGCUGGGAUUCAUAUCCUUGCUCCUAGUGGUGUUUGAAGAUCGAAUUACCUCUAUCUGCAUCUCAGAAAGUCUUGCUUCCACUUGGAAUCCUUGCGAUCCUGAUUAUAAGAGUAAAGGUCCAGAAGGAUAUAUUGACAAAUGCGCACAAAAAGAUAAAGGAAAAGUUGCUUUUAUCUCUGAAUAUGGGAUUCACCAGCUCCAUAUAUUCGUCUUUGUGCUUGCUAUCUUUCACAUCCUACAGUGCAUCAUGACACUGACUUUGGGUAGAACUAAGAUGUCAAUAUGGAGGAAGUGGGAAGACGAAACGAAGAGUCUUGAACAUCAGUUCUACCAUGAUCCUGAGAGGUUCAGGUUUGCUAGGGAUACAACGUUUGGACGAAGGCACUUGAACUCAUGGAGUAAAUCACCAAUUUUAUUAUGGAUAAUUAGCUUCUGCAGACAAUUCUAUGGAUCAGUUAAUAAGGUUGACUAUAUGGCAUUACGACAUGGAUUCAUAGUGGCACAUUUGACUCCAGCAAGUGAGACGAAAUUUGACUUCCAGAACUAUAUCAAGAGAACACUUGAUGAGGAUUUUGCAGUAGUUGUGGGAAUAAGUCCAACUAUUUGGUUCUUUGCAGUGCUAAUUCUGCUCACAAAUACUAAUGGAUGGUAUUCUUAUUUGUGGCUACCAUUUAUCCCACUAAUUAUAAUCUUGUUGGUGGGAACAAAGCUACAAAUGAUCAUAACAGAUAUGGCACUAAGGAUUCAAGAUAGGGGGGAAGUGGUCAAGGGUGCACCAGUGGUUGAGCCAGGAGAUGAAUUGUUCUGGUUCAGUCGCCCUCGCCUCGUUCUCUUUCUGAUUCAUCUCGUUCUAUUUCAGAAUGCAUUUCAAUUGGCGUUUUUUGCUUGGAGCACAUACGACAACAAGUUCAAAAUAAACAAUUGCUUUCACCGAACUACUGAAGAUAUCGUCAUCAGACUUACAAUGGGGGUUCUCACCCAAGUUCUAUGCAGCUACGUUACUUUGCCUCUUUAUGCUCUAGUCACACAGAUGGGUUCUACGAUGAAACCCACCAUUUUCAAAGAUAACGUGGCAUCAGCACUAAAGAACUGGCAUCACACUGCUAAAAAGCAUCUAAAACACAACAAGGAUUCGACUUCUAACACCCCAUUCUCAAGCAGACCAGGAACUCCAACUCAUGGCAUGUCUCCGGUGCACUUGCUUCACAUGCACCCUAGACACAGUGAUAGUCCACUGGUUUCUCCAAGAGCAUCCAAUUAUGAAAAUGGUCAAUGGGAUGUUGAAGGGUCACAUUCCCCAAGCCACCAUGCAAGAGAUGUUGACCAUGAAGAGACCAUGAUGAUGCAGCCUCCAGCAGCAGAAUUGCCUCCUACGGGACCCAAUCCUAUUCGAACUCAACAUGAAAUCAACAUUGCUUUAUCUGAAUUUUCAUUUGGGAGGGGACGCAACCCUGGUAGAUCAGAUGAGUAUUAGAAACAUCUCCUUGUAUUAUAGCUUUGAAGAUUGAAGUGAAACUGAUCAAGUAAAUUUUCUUCGGACAACAUGAUUUGUUACUUGAUUACAUUUCUUGUAUAAGAUGGACUUUCACUUUCACUGUGUAA